UGAUGGAGUACUGCAAUCUAACAUAUUAUGCAAUUUGACCUCACUGACUCCUGACACUACUUUUUUACUUCAGCCCAUAGGAACCCCGCCACUCGGACAGAGGCAGCACGAAGUGGUUCAAUCUCAUCUCUCGCAAAUUCAAAACUACAAACCAUACUUGACAGACCAGAACCGGAAACCGAGAACUUAUCUCCGUGCAUGAUACCAGACCAACCGUAUAAGAAUAGCACCACAAAACGAAAACCAACCGAAACCUCAGCAACACUACCUCUCACUACACCCCUCCUAUCCCCAGAACCACCUAACCCCCAUCUCCAGCCCAAAAAAUGACCACCUACCUCAUAACAGGCGCAACCCGCGGCAUCGGCCUAGAACUAACGCGCCAACUCGCGGCGAAACCCGCGACAGAAGUGUACCAAAUCUUCGCCGGCGCGCGGUCAUCGCCCAGCCACUUCCCCCCGGACUUCCAAACACUCCUCCGCGAGCACGCCUCGCGGAUCACUCCGGUGCAGCUCGACGUAACAGACGAGAACGGCGUGCGACGCGCCGCGCAGUCCGUCUCAGAGGCCUUGCAGGGGAGGGGACUGGACGUCUUGAUUAACAACGCAGGGGUGAUGGGGCGGGGAUCGUUGGAGGAGAUGAACGACCUGACCGAGUCCUUCGAGGUGAAUGUGAACGGCCCGCACCUCGUGACGCGGGAGUUCCUGCCGCUGCUGCGAAGGGGGCAGGCGAAGAAGAUCGUUAAUAUAUCCACGACCGUCGGGUCCUUCGGCUUGCAGUCCCUCUACCGCGAGGCGAAGAGCCAAUCGUAUAAGAUCACCAAGGCGGCGUUGAAUAUGCUCACUGUGCUGUAUUCGCAGGAGCUGGAGAAGGAGGGGUUCGCUGUUUUCUGCGUUAGUCCUGGGUGGCUGCAAACCGAGCUGGGCGGCGCCAGAGCCGAUCUGCCCGUCGAUGUGGGCGUCCGCGCGACGCUGGAUAUCAUUCUCAACAAGGGGAAGGAGGGCAACGGGCGGUUUUUCAAUAUCCAUAUUCCUGGGUGGGACAAAGGGUGGAAUCGGUAUGAUGGGGGCGAAAGUCCGUGGUAG